CACAUUUUGAACUUGAAAGUUUAUAGGACACCAACUACCAUCGGCGGUCUUUCCGAAAAAUCUGCAAAUUGUGGAAAAUGGGUCGUCGUUCGGUGAAUACUACAAAAAGUGGAAAGUUUAUGAACCCAACAGAUCAAGCGAGAAAAGAAGCAAGAAAACGGGAAUUGAAGAAAAACAAAAAACAACGCAUGGCUGUGCGUCAUGCAGUGCUUAAAUCCAAAGACCCUCUACAAUUAUUAGAAGAAACGACUCUCUAUGAUAAACAAGAGUAUGAUCCCAGUGUUCAAGCUCAACUCAGUGAAAGGGUCAUUCAGGAAAAACGCCGAAAGCUGUUGGAAACAUUCGACCGUCUUGUUAUGUUAUACAGGAAGGAAGAUGCAGAAUAUGCCAACCGGCUCCAAGCAGCUCGUCAAGACUACGACAAAAGACGGCAUGAGAUGAUGCUUUAUUACGAACAAGUAAAGUUAGCUGAAAGAGUAAAAGCUAGUGAAAUUCCGCUCCCAAAACUGCCGCAAUCACAGAUGGGUCUUAUAACGUCCGACAUACCGUUGCCUCCUGGAGGUUACGCUAAAGGUAUUCUGAAGAAGUCAUUAGGAGCUCCAGGGCUUCCACCUAGUAUACUUCCUGCAGGUCGUAAGCCGCCUGGACCACCUCCAGGAACACCUCCUGAAUUGUCAGAUAGCGAAGAAGAAGAUAAUUUUGCUGAUAAUACGACAAAGCAACGCAAAAUCCGGUUUGCUGAUGCAGACCCUAUGCCGGAGCAAGAAGAACUAAUUGGUGAUUCAUCUCUGCAUCUCGGCGAAAAAUUCACCGGUGGAUUUACAACUAUUACUCCUCCACUCUCUCAAAUCCCUUUACCGCCGCCCAUGGCUUUACCAUCCUUUACUGGCCUUAUUCGUCCAGGAUUUCCGGGAGCACCUCAGCCUACUCUAAGUCGUUUCACUUACCAACGCCCCACCGGGCCUAUAUUAUCAGCUCCACCCAGUUUGCACCUUCGUGAUCCACUUGAUAAUGCGGAACUUGUAAGUGGUCCAGCUGUAGCGAGCAUUCCAACAAAUCAACCAAAUCCAAGUGGAACUACUAUAGAAGCAAAACCUCAACUGAAAAAUUUAAUAGGUGACGCAACACGUUUUGUCCCUACAGCUCUUAAAGUACGCAGAAUUGUUCGUGAUACUAAUGGUCGUCUAGUCACUACAGGUGGAGGGACAGCUGCAUAUGGAACAGGAAAACAAUCGAAUGCUGUUUAUGAUCGUGUUGCCAAAUCUGAUAAUACAGGAAUUAAUUCUGGAUCAGCGACUAGCAAAGAUGAUGCAUAUGAAGAGUUUAUGCGUGAAAUGGAAGGCCUUAUAUGAGAACAGUUUUCAGACUCCAUGUAUAGUUUUAUCUUAUUUUGAAAUUGUCUUUCAUAUACUGUAUAUUUCAAUGCGU